UGGUAAACCGCAGCCAUGUCUACGGACGCCGAGAUGGCGAUCUUCGGGGAGGCGGCUCCUUACCUCCGAAAAUCGGAGAAGGAGAGAAUUGAGGCCCAGAACAAACCCUUUGAUGCAAAGACAUCUGUCUUUGUGGUACAUGCAAAGGAGUCCUAUGUGAAAGGGAAAAUUGAGAGUAAGGAUGCAGGGAAGGUCACUGUCAAGACUGAAGGUGGAGAGACCCUGACGGUGAAAGAAGAUCAAAUCUUCUCCAUGAACCCCCCCAAGUAUGACAAAAUCGAGGACAUGGCCAUGAUGACCCACCUCCACGAACCCGCUGUGCUGUACAACCUCAAAGAGCGUUACGCAGCCUGGAUGAUCUACACCUACUCGGGUCUCUUCUGCGUCACUGUCAACCCCUACAAGUGGCUGCCGGUGUACAACCCCGAGGUGGUGUUGGCCUACCGAGGCAAGAAGCGCCAGGAGGCCCCUCCACACAUCUUCUCCAUCUCUGACAACGCCUAUCAGUUCAUGCUGACUGAUCGGGAGAACCAGUCCAUCCUGAUCACCGGAGAAUCCGGGGCCGGGAAGACUGUGAACACAAAGCGUGUCAUCCAGUACUUUGCAACAAUUGCAGCCACCCAGAGUGCCAUUGACAUCCUGGGCUUCAGUGCUGAUGAGAAAACAGCCAUCUACAAGCUGACAGGGGCUGUCAUGCACUAUGGGAACCUGAAGUUCAAGCAGAAGCAGCGUGAGGAGCAGGCAGAGCCCGAUGGCACCGAAGUUGCUGACAAGGCUGCCUACUUGAUGGGUCUGAACUCAGCAGACCUGCUCAAGGCCCUCUGCUACCCCCGAGUCAAGGUGGGGAAUGAAUACGUGACCAAGGGCCAAACUGUGCAGCAGGUAUACAAUUCAGUGGGUGCCCUGGCAAAGGCUGUGUUUGAGAAGAUGUUCCUGUGGAUGGUUGUUCGCAUCAACCAACAGCUGGACACGAAGCAGCCCAGGCAGUACUUCAUUGGUGUCCUGGACAUUGCUGGCUUUGAGAUCUUUGAUUUCAACAGCCUGGAGCAGCUGUGCAUCAACUUCACCAAUGAGAAACUGCAACAGUUCUUCAACCACCACAUGUUCGUGCUGGAGCAGGAAGAGUACAAGAAGGAGGGAAUUGAAUGGGAGUUCAUUGACUUUGGCAUGGACCUGGCUGCCUGCAUUGAGCUCAUCGAGAAGCCUAUGGGCAUCUUCUCCAUCCUGGAAGAGGAGUGCAUGUUCCCCAAGGCAACUGACACCUCUUUCAAGAACAAGCUCUAUGACCAGCACCUGGGCAAGUCCAACAGCUUCCAGAAGCCCAAGCCCGGCAAAGGCAAGGCUGAGGCUCACUUCUCCCUGGUGCACUACGCUGGAACAGUGGACUACAAUAUCUCUGGCUGGCUUGACAAGAACAAGGAUCCUCUGAAUGAAACUGUUGUGGGGCUGUAUCAGAAAUCAUCCCUGAAGACCCUGGCAUUACUCUUUGCCUCUGCUGGAGGAGAGGCAGAGGCUAGUGGUGGUGGUGGUGGCGGCGGCAAGAAGGGAGGCAAGAAGAAGGGUUCUUCUUUCCAGACUGUCUCAGCUCUUUUCAGGGAAAAUCUCAACAAGCUGAUGACCAAUCUGCGGAGCACUCACCCCCAUUUUGUGCGCUGUAUCAUCCCCAAUGAGUCUAAAACACCUGGUGCCAUGGAGCACGAGCUGGUGCUGCACCAGCUGCGCUGUAACGGCGUGCUGGAAGGGAUCAGGAUUUGCAGGAAAGGAUUCCCCAGCAGAAUCCUCUAUGCUGAUUUCAAACAGAGAUACAAGGUGCUUAAUGCCAGUGCCAUCCCCGAGGGACAGUUCAUUGAUAGCAAGAAGGCUUCUGAGAAGCUGCUUGGGUCAAUCGAUGUGGACCACACCCAGUACAAAUUUGGACACACCAAGGUGUUCUUCAAAGCUGGGCUGCUGGGACUCCUGGAGGAGAUGAGAGAUGAGAAGCUGGCAGAGCUCAUCACCCGCACUCAGGCCAGAUGCAGGGGAUUCCUGAUGAGGGUGGAGUAUAGAAGAAUGGUGGAGCGGAGGGAAUCCAUCUUCUGCAUCCAGUACAACAUUCGUGCAUUCAUGAAUGUUAAACACUGGCCAUGGAUGAAGCUGUUCUUCAAGAUCAAGCCCUUGCUGAAGAGUGCUGAGUCUGAGAAGGAGAUGGCCAACAUGAAGGGGGAGUUUGAGAAAACCAAGGAAGAGCUUGCGAAGUCUGAGGCAAAGAGGAAGGAACUGGAGGAGAAAAUGGCAUCUCUAAUGCAGGAAAAAAAUGACCUGCAGCUUCAAGUGCAAUCUGAAGCUGAUGCUUUGGCUGAUGCUGAGGAAAGGUGUGACCAGCUCAUCAAAACCAAAAUCCAACUCGAAGCCAAAAUUAAGGAGGUGACUGAAAGGGCUGAGGAUGAAGAGGAAAUUAAUGCUGAGCUGACAGCAAAGAAGAGAAAACUGGAGGAUGAAUAUCUGCUGGAGAAGUCCAGAGUCACUUUCCAGCUCAAGGCGGAAAGGAGCUACCACAUCUUUUAUCAGAUCAUGUCCAACAGGAAGCCAGAGCUAAUCGGUAGGAAAGAUCACUGA